GUACGUGCCUGUGUGUGUAUACAUCUGUCUGUAUGUGUACCAGGGGUGGACUGACCAUUCGAGCACUCUGGCACUGCCCGAGGGCCCAGGGUCAGUAGGGGGCCCCAUGAAAUGCCCCUGGUACCUUUUUUAUAGGCUUUUUUGAAUGUGGGCAAGGACACAGGGGCCCCAUGAUCCCCUAUUGCCCGGGGGCCCCAUGAGUUGUCAGUCCGCCCCUGAUGUGUACAUGUGUCUCUGUGUGUGUGUGGUUCACAUUUGUGUAUUGCAGAACAACAAAAUACUUUGUGCUGUACAGCCUAGGUGCAUUGGGGUGUAUUUA